CCAUCGCCGACUCUUCUUACUUGCAGUCAUGACCGACGAAGGACGAGAAACGACGCCAGAGGCGCAGAUCGAUGCCCAACAGCAGAUGGAAAAGGUCGCCAGAGAGCGUGGGGGUAGAGAAAGGGUUGGGGGCUGAAACCGUCGCAAAAUACGUUCCCGGAAACAAGAUUCAAAUCACGGAAGUCAUCGCCAUGAAGCAAAAGAAGAAGAAGCUUUAUGUCGCGUUCAGCCGAAAGACCAAAAACAAGAAGAUAGAGUACCAACUGACUGAGACGGCUGGCGAUACCACAAAACUCUACAUGAACGGGAGAUGGUUUCCUCAGGAUCAAGUCUAUGUGGUCUGAGACACCUGAGCCAAUCAGUACAACGAGGCUUGACCGGUGAAGAAGCUCAUCGAUAUUUAGUCUCCGGCUGAGAAUGUCAACUGUGUUCGUCUGUUAA